AAAACGUAGCAGUAACAACGGUAUUUUACGAGGAAAUUAUUUCCUCGUAAAUUUACAUAAGCUUUACAACGCAAUUACGACGCGACAUGACUUCGUCGUAAACUCGAUGGUAAUUUACGACGAAAUGUAUUCGUCGUAAAGUUAAUGUAAGUUUACGACGAAAGUACGUGGAAUGCAAAAUAGUUGUAAACGUUACAUCGACAUUACAACGAAUCAUGUUACCGUUACAUAAAGGUGAAAACGUGUAUUGAAAGUGCUUUAACUUACCUAAGUUCGUUGUAAACGCGUUGUAAAUUUUCCAUGUAAAAUCCAUGUAAAACUUACCAUAUUUCUCUAUAUAUAUGUCAUUUCCCACAACUCUCUUCCUCACAACACACAACUCUCUUCUUCUCGAACCACCAAUUACUAUUUCGAAGAUAACGAUAACGAACAUGAGUCAUUCGUCUUACGCCAUAUUGGAAGGAUCUUCUCUUACGCCACAAUCUGGAUGUCAUGCAUAUCGAGAAGAACUUUUUUGAGAACAUCAUGAAUACAUUACUUAACGUCCCUGGGAAGACAAAAGAUAACAAAAAGUCAAGGAUGGACUUACCUGAUAUUUGCUCAAGAAGUGAGUUACAUAUCAAGAGCAAUGGAAACGUUCCUGUUCCCAUCUUCCGGUUGUCAUCAGCAGCGAAAACAACCUUGUUUGACUGGGUUGCAUCGGAAGUUAAGUUUCCUGAUGGUUAUGUUUCAAAUAUGUCAAGAUGUAUUGAACGAGGUCAAAAGUUCUCCGGAAUGAAAAGUCAUGAUUGUCAUGUGUUUAUGCAACGACUGCUUCCAUUUGCUUUUGCCGAGCUCCUUCCAGCAAAUGUCCACGAAGCACUUGCAGCCAUCGGAGCAUUUUUCAGAGAUCUUAGCACACGUACGUUCAAAGAAGAAGUCAUCGAACAACUUCAUCAGAACAUUCCGAUCAUAUUGUGCAACCUGGAGAAGAUAUUUCCUCCUUCAUUUUUUGACGUCAUGGAGCAUCUAGUUGUCCACCUACCGUAUGAAGCAUUGCUUCGUGGACCUGUUCACAACGGAUGGAUGUAUCCGUAUGAGCGACAGAUGAAACAUUUGAAGGGGAAAGCAAGAAAUCUUGCAAAGGUAGAAGGUUCAAUAGUUGCAGGGAGUUUGACAGCCGAAACAUCUAACUUCACAUCAUACUACUUUGCUCCAACUGUUCGUACGAGAAAAAGAGUUCCUAGAAGAUAUGAUGAUGGUGGAGUACCGACAUCAUAUCCAAUUGAUGGUGUUCCUGACAUUUUCUGCGAAAUUGGACGGUUUGGUGGUAAAACGAAAGAAGUAUGGUGGUCAUGUGAAGAAGAUAAACAUAGUGCCCACACUUAUAUUCUGCUCAACUGCGAGGAUGCAAUGACCCGUUACUUUGAAAGGAUGUUUGUAUCUCAAGUUGAAGAAGCAAUACCAGGAAUAUCUGCAACUGAUGUGGAUACACGUAAAGAUAAGCACUUUGUCAAGUGGUUAAAAUCACAGGUUGAUUAUGACGAUCCUUAUUAUCCCGUAUGGUUUCAUGAAUUGGUUCAAGGUCCAGUUGCAAAGGUCACCACAUCACCUAUGUAUUUCACACGAGGAUUUACCUUUCACACAUACGAGUAUGGGAGACAUCGGGCAACGAGUAACUACGGAAUAUGUGUGAAAGGUGAAACAGACUUUUACGGGAUAUUGCAGGAGAUUAUUGAAGUGGAAUUUCCGGGGUUAUUGAAGCUAAAAUGCGUCCUCUUCAAAUGUGAAUGGUUCGAUCCUGUUGUGAACCGAGGGAUUCGGUAUAACAAAUUUGGUGUUGUGGAUGUCAAUUUUGGGAGAAGAUACAACAAAUUUGAGCCUUUCAUUUUAGCUUCACAAGCCGAGCAAGUUAGCUUCCUUCCUUAUCCUCGGCUUCGAACUUCCGGGAUAAACUGGGUAACUGCUAUCAAAGUUACACCUCGUGGACGCAUUGUCGUUGGAGAAGAACCGCCCUUGCAAGAAGAAGACGCUAUCACUGAAGUUGAGGUACCAGAACAACCAACUGAUGAAAUCCUUUUGAUCGACCCGCAAAACUUUCAAUAUGAAGAUAUUCCCGAAGAUGCGACAGAUGAAGCACGUGAAGACGAGUUCGAGAGAAGCGACGAUGAUGAUUGUAAUGAUAGUGAUGAGAACGAAAACGAUUUAGAGUGAUGUAAUAUAUGUAUCAAAUGUUGGAUUUCUCUAUUGUAAUAUUUUCUAAAAGAAAGAGUAAGAAGUAGUAUGAUAUAAGAUAUGAUGUUAGAUGAUA